CUGACGCAUCGCUCGUGUCUCUGCUGCGCCGCGGCAGUGAUCGCGGAGUCAACGCUCUACACGAGAAUCCCACCAGAGACAUCUCGGGUUUGAAAUAUCUAUUUGCGGAUGACUACCAAUUGGCGCGAAGAGAAGUGACUAAAAAACUUGAAUUACAAAACUGACGCCGUCGGCAGUUUUUUGCCGAUCGGCAAGCUUCUGAAGCCCGCGAGCAGCCGUUGUUUUUUCAUCACCGCAAGUUUGUCGCGAGGAUGCGGUGAUUGGGAUUAAAAGUUGGGCCGUGCCCUCAGCCCGAGGGCGACGUCAAGAUGCUGGUGCCACCGGAUAUGCUGGCAUCCCACUCAAAAAUGGUGUAUCAAAUAAACAAGUACUUCGGUGAACGCGUGAUGUCGCGCAAGACCCAGGUAGCCAAGACCAUUCAGGAAGUGUGCCGAGUCGUUCAGGACGUCCUGAAGGAAGUUGAAGUGCAGGAGCCGCGGUUCAUCUCAUCGCUGACGGACUACAACGGCCGCUUCGAUGGCCUCGACGUCAUAUCGCCGACGGAGUUUGAAAUAGUCAUCUACCUGAACCAAAUGGGUGUUUUAAAUUUUGUGGACGACGGCACUCUGCCGGGCUGCGCUGUGCUGAAGCUCAGCGACGGCAGAAAACGCUCGAUGUCACUGUGGGUGGAAUUUAUAACGGCGUCUGGUUACUUGAGUGCUAGAAAAAUACGAUCGAGGUUUCAAACACUCGUGGCACAGGCGUGUGAUAAGUGCGCUUAUCGUGACUCUGUUAAGAUGAUUGCUGAUACGACUGAAGUUAAGUUGAGAAUACGCGAGAGAUAUGUUGUGCAAAUAACGCCGGCUUUCAAGUGCGCCGGUCUGUGGCCAAGAUCGGCAUCGCACUGGCCGAUUCCCCAAAUUCCGUGGCCCCAUCCGAACAUCGUCGCCGAGGUGAAGGCCGAGGGCUUUGACAUGCUGUCGAAGGAGUGCAUCGGACUCCAGGGCAAGCAGUCCGCGAUGGAGGGCGACGCUUGGGCACUGUCGUUCAUCGAUGCCGAGAACAGAUUGCUUCAGGGGGCUAGUCGGAGACGGUGUCUGAGUAUGUUGAAGACCCUUCGCGAUCGCCAUCUCGAUUUACCCGGCAAUCCUGUCACGAGUUAUCACAUGAAGACUCUUUUGCUGUACGAAUGUGAGAAGCAUCCUCAUGAGCUCGAGUGGGACGAGAGCUGUCUUGGUGAUCGAAUCAAUGGCAUCUUUCUGCAGUUGAUCUCCUGCCUUCAGUGUCGACGGUGUCCUCACUAUUUCCUGCCAAAUUUGGAUCUGUUCAAGGGCAAAUCACCCAGUGGACUUGAAAACGCUGCCAAGCAGGUCUGGCGGCUCACCCGCGAACUGCUGACCAACACGCGGGCCCUGGAGAAACUGUAGUGAUUGGUGGUCCAAAUAUCCUCUUGGGGACGUCUCAGUGUGCUUUUGGUUUAUCAGUCGAAUAUUGGUUGAAUGCAUCAUUGUGUAGAUGUAUUCAACGUACCGGUGUCAUUGUGUGAUUGUGCGACUCAAAGAACUCUCGAGUCUGUGCCAUAUAUUGAAGAAAGCAUUAUCGACGAGCUGUAUGAGAAAAAUUGUUGGUACUCUCUGUUGUUAUUUUAGUCGAGUUGCCUUGUGAUUGUAUUCAAAUGAACUCCAUGUAGCAGGCUCACUUUUUUAUUCAAUUGUUUGUGGUUUUUUAUUAUCAGAGGGGAAACGGCGGCUUGUCGACUAUUUAAAUGAAUUCGACGAAGGAAAAGAAUUUGAAAACACACUUAUUUCAUGUAUAACAUUAUCUCCUGCCGGCUUUUGUAUAUACACCUACGAAGAUAUUUAUUGAACUGUAACUGC